AUGCAGAACGUGAAUAAAUACCACAGCUUAGGGGAUCGCUUAGGGGUUGUGCGGCUGGCACUUGGAAGUACAAAGAGGAGGCUGCAAAGUGCUGAUGCAGCCUUAGGUGUCAAACUGCUUAACGUGCCUCUUGCGGAGCUUGCAAUACAUUACCACGAAACUCAGCUUUUCAUCCAGGAAGCCAUCGGCCAUGUUGCAAAUGCAUUUGCGGUCGACCCGCAAAGAGUUGUGCCUUUACAGUUGAGGCCUGACGAACGCGAACCAACGAAGUGCACAAUUUGGACAUUCACGAUCCGAGGCAUUCCGUUUCAUGAUCUCUUGGGUCAAAUGAGAGAAAUGUUCGAACACUCCAAAGUUGCAUUUGGAGAAUGGCGCUUCGGAAGCAGAAAGGUAGAACUGGAACCCCUAAUCCUCGGCGUACCAGGGGUUCUUUCCAACGUCUCUCUCCAAACUCCCCCAACAGUAUGGCAGCGCCCAGGGCUUGAUGCAGAGUGGGAACAAGAAGCAGAGUUGUGGAUAAAACUUCGUGACUUCAAGUGGUUGGAAGAGCUGAAAAGCAGCGUGAGCCAGUUUGAACGCCGGCUGCUGAAACUCCGCGACGUAGUUGCGUCAACAAUGAAGGUGAAAGACCCUCGAGCACUCCAGGUGGCUAAGUACUACUCAACGUCCGACGGGACAAUAAUCAGAAUGACUCCCGCAACUCCAGAUAAACGUGAACAUAUUGAGCAAUUAAAGAAAUGGCUAUUGGCCUUUGAGAGUGGCGAAGUGAACCAGAAGGUCCCGGAGGUUUCUGAGGACUUCUGGCCUAUUCGCAGCCCCAAAACAGGCAGGCCUCUGUCCCUUUCCAUCUUCAGCUCAAGUACUACUAGUUCGACGGUGACACCCCUUGCACACCGUGUAAUUGUCAGUCGAGAUGAUUACUCUUAUGAAACUCCUAAAGGUGAGAACGUGAAGACGGCUUUCGAGACCCCGUUACUUCGCUUUGUUGUAGAGUCUCCCAGUUCGUUUUGUGCAGUGUAUCUUAAGCAUGCGUUUGAGCCCGUGCCUGCAACAACAAGGGGUUCACAGGUCUGCAUGUGGAUGCUUUGA